CUCAUAUCGGUGAUUUCGAUUGUUUGCAUUGGUCACCACUAUAGUUCCCUGUUGGCUGGUGGAGGUGGAGGUGGGGGUUUCGAGGCAAUCUGCCAGGAUGUGUUCGGGUGGCCAGCAGAUGUUCAACCUCCGAUGGAACAAUUUUCAAUCUUCAAUAUCGUCAGCGCUUCACGAGCAGCUCGUGGGCGAGGAGCUGGUGGACGUCACGCUGUCUGCCGAAGGUCGCACUGUCGGCGCGCACCGCGUCGUCCUUUCAGCGUGCAGCCCCUAUUUCAAACAGCUCUUCAAGACGCUGCCCUCCAUGCAGCACCCCGUCAUCGUCAUCCGCGACUCCAAGUUCUCGGACAUCCAGACGCUGCUGGCCUUCAUCUACCAGGGCGAGGUGCAGGUGUCCAACAGCGCUCUGCCGUCCCUGCUGAAGACUGCUGAGGCGCUGAGCAUCAAGGGUCUGACCCCGUCACACUUGCGAGAAGAGCGGCCGCCGCCCGCCGACGCCGUGGCCGACUGGGGUGACCCGUUCUCGCUGCCGGCGCCGGUACGGCAACGUCCGCCGCCGGAUGACGAGUCGCCAACGAAGCGCGCCAAGGCGGCCGACGGGGCGCGC